AAUUGAAAAAUAUACUUCAAUUGUUCUUGUUAUAUUUGUUAUAAAAAGUAUUAAUUGUUUAAAAAAUAUUAUAAUUUUAAUAUUUACAAAAUAAAAUGGAUCCUUUCACUCAGCGCAUGCUUGAGAAAGCGGAACAGCGCAGUCGUGCCCUUGGUAUAAGUAAUGCUAGUAAAUAUCCACUGGCAGAUGCAUCCUCGGACGUUAAUGCCUCUAACGCAUUAAUGCCAAAUCAGCAUAAAACAAAUCAAAAGGAACGAAUACAAAAACAACCACAGCAGCCGCAGCAAAAAACUAGCGUAAUAUCUGCUUCAAGCAUUGGCGGAAAAAUAAUUGAACGAAUUCCUGCAGAUGCUUCUAAAAUUCUUCCAAACACCGUAGUAAACUUUUCCAAUGUGAAUAAGGAAAAUGUAGAUUUGGGAAUAGAAAUUAAUAUUAUGACAAAUAACGAUGUAGAGGUACAAGUUGAAGUAGAAGAACGGGAUAUAACAGAUAGUGAAGAAGAUUGUGAAGAUAACAGUAAGCUACCAAAAGAAGCAAUAAAUCAACCUUUAGCCAAAAUACGUGAUACUUCACGUAAUCGUUUGCAGAGGUUAGGUGCACUCUACUCGAACACUGAUGAUUUAUCGUCUCCAAUACAUCGGACUGAAGCACAAUUUCAUGCUGGUUCCUCUGAUGAUGCAUGUUUAAAUGACAGCCCCUCGAAGUCGAAACAACGGCAUGGUAGACUUGCAGCUUUAGCUAACUCUAUAAACCAAUGGGAAGAUGAUACACAGCAUCAUCAUAUAAGUACAAUUCCACCACCAAAACCUGAUUUACCUAGCAGAAAACUUGCAGACACAGCAAAAAAUUGUCAAAAAAUAACACAAUCGCAGGCAACAGUACCAAACCAAACUACUGAAGAAGUAAAACAAAAUGACUCCUGUGAUCGUAUUAGCAGCAGUAAAACUAAACAGCUUAAUUGGGAUCCCAAGGUUAUAAAUUCACUUGAAGCACAAGGUUUUCAGAGACGAGAAUCCACAACAACUAAGCUAGCUUACGAUUAUACAAACAAAGAAUGUAAUGUGAACCGAGAGAGAGAUCUCGAUAAACCACAAAAAGAACAAACAAAGCUAUGCACUAAUCCAGUUAAUAAUAACAUAUCUAAAAACUUAAAAAAUACAGUAAAUGAAGAAUUAGAGAAACCAAAAUUGGCAAAUGUCAAACCUGGUUUAGUAUCAGGACAUUAUAAGACUUAA